AUGCCCGGGGCUGGGCACCGAGGCGCAGCCUGGGCGAGAUGGCUGGGCACUGGGCUUUUGGGUCUCUUCCUGCUCCCUGUGUCCCUGUCGCUGGAGGUAUCUGUGGGAAAGGCCGCCACCAUCUACGCUGUCAACGGCACGGAGAUCCUGCUGCCAUGCACCUUCACCAGCUGCUUUGGCUUCGAGAACCUGCGCUUCUGGUGGUCCUACAACAGCAGUGAUACAUUCAAGAUUCUCAUAGAUGGGAUUGUGAAGAAUGAGAAGUCAGACCCCAAGGUGAAGUUGAAAGAUGAUGACCGCAUCACUCUGGAGGGCUCUGUGAAGGAGAAAAUGAACAAUAUUUCCAUUUUGCUGAGGAACCUGGAGUUCAGCGACACGGGCAAAUACACCUGCCACGUGAAGAACCCCAAGGAGAAUUAUCUUCAGCACCAGGCCACCAUCUUCCUCCAAGUUGUUGAUAAACUGGAAGAAGUGGACAACACAGUGACACUCAUCAUCCUGGCCGUUGUGGGUGGGGUCAUUGGGCUCCUCAUCUUCAUCCUGCUGGUUAAGAAGUUCAUCGCCUUCAUUAUCAAGAAGACUCAGGAGAAGAAGAAGGAGUGCCUCGUGAGUUCAUCAGGGAACGAUAAUACAGAGAAUGGGUUACAUGGCUCCAAGGCGGAAGAGAAAGCACCAACAAAAGUGUGA